AUGAUUGAUGAAGCCUUUGGUGCGCAGACAUUAGACAGCUAUGCAGUUCUUACUGAAAAAGUCAGAAAGAUACUCAAGAAGUUAGAAAUGAUUGUGGGUGAGGGAUCUUCGAAGUUGAAAAUUAGAGAUACCCAGCCAAUAUCAGAUCAACGAUCAGAUCAAAGGGAGACGAGCUCUUUCGUCGACUCAAGGAUUCAUGGACGAGAGGAUGACAAAGAGAAGUUAGUCAACCUAUUACUGUCUUCUCAAACUAAUUAUCAGGAGGGUUAUUCAUAUGCGACAUGCGUUCCAAUCAUCGGCAUUGGAGGAAUUGGUAAGACCACUCUUGCCCAAAUGUUAUAUAAUGAUGAGAGAGUUAUUCAACACUUUGAUGUUAGGAUGUGGAUUUUUGUCUCUUCUAAUUUCAAUAUCAAAAAGAUCAUGAAGACAGUUAUUUCAUCCUUAACAAGUGAUGAAUGCAAGUUGUCGGAGAUUGAACUACUUCAGUCUCGGGUUUCACAAUUUCUGCAGAAGAAAAGAUAUUUGAUUGUGUUAGAUGAUGUUUGGACGGAAGACCAGGAUGAUUGGGACAAACUAAAACCUUUGUUUAGAGGGGGUGUUGAUGGAUGCAAAAUCAUCAUCACUACCCGCAGUAAAAAGGUUCCAUAUAUGAUGGACUUCCCAAAUUCCCCAAUUUGUUUGAAUGGCCUGACGAAUGAUGAUUGCUGGACAUUGUUCAAGCAACGGGCUUUUGCACGAGGAGAAGAAGCAAAGUAUCCAAACCUGUCACUGAUUGGGAAACAGAUUGUCCAAAAAUGUGGAGGAGUGCCAUUAGCAGCAAAAAGUUUGGGAAGUUCAAUGCGCUUGAAAAGAGAAGAAAACCAGUGGCUGUCUAUGCGAGAUUGCGAACUUUGGAAAUUAGAUGAAGACCAGCAUAAAGUUAUGCCUGCCCUCAUGUUGAGUUAUCAUCAUCUACCACCCCAUCUUAGAGAAUGCUUUGCAUUCUGCGCAAUAUUUCCAAAAAAUUAUGAAUUCAAGAAGCAGAAGUUAAUUCAUUUGUGGAUGGCAUCAGGCUUACUUCUGCAAGAUGGAAACAGGCGACCAGAAGACAUUGGUGAUGAAUACUUCGCCGAUUUGUUGUGGUUGUCUUUCUUCCAAGAAGUAGAGAUUUGCAAUGGCGGCAGCUCAGUUGGAUACAAAAUGAAUCAUGUUAUACAUGAUCUUGCACGAUAUGUAGCAGGAGAUCAACCCCGGAUGUUUGAACAUGGUGCGGCUCAAAUUCGUCACGCAUCUGUUGUUUACAAAUAUAGGGCGAUUGGAAUUCCAGAAGAUCUAUUUGAAGCAAAACAUCUACGAACUCUCGUAUUUAUUGGAGAAUCUGGCUUGUUAAAAAACCGAAGUAUGUUUUCAAGUUUUGGAUACUUGCGUGUGCUAGACCUGAGCAGUUGUGGUGUUUCUGAUCUGCCGGAAUCAUUGGGUGGCUUGAUAUGUUUGAGGUAUCUCGACCUCUCUUACACACCUAUCACCGUGUUACCUUACAGCACAAGGAAUCUCUGCUAUUUGCAGACUUUGAAUCUAUUUGGUUGUCAGAAUCUUAAACGGCUGCCAAGCUUGGAAAUGAUGACCAGCCUAAGACAUCUCAAUCUAGUUGGAUGUGUAAGUUUGUCUUCUAUGCCUCUUGAGAUUCGUAGUUUGCGACAACUUCAGACAUUGCCAUUGUUUGUCGUCAACAGGGUUCCUCGGGCCCUUAAUACGCUGGAAGGUUUGAAUCUUUAUGGCAAGUUGAAUAUUACCUGUUUGCAGAACGCAAGAAAUGCAGCCGAAGCACAAUCAGCUGGGUUGAAAUCGAAGGAAAAUCUUGAGUCGUUAGGAUUAUAUUGGGGAUUAGAUUGCGGAUUUGGAGAUGUCUACAAAUCGUUUGGGAAGCCUAAAGCCCGACCUUAUAAAAUUAACAAUGUUGAUUAUAUUGCCUUGCGACCCCUACAACAGCCUGAUCCUGUGGAAAAAAUUCUUGAAGGGCUGCAGCCACACAAAAAUCUGAAAAGGCUAGUUAUAAAUGGGUACCCAGGAAUCAAAUUUCCUUGUUGGGAUCUCCCAAAUCUCACUUCCGUUGAUUUCACCAACUGUAAAAGUUGUGAACAUCUUCCAGCCCUUGGGAAUCUUCUGCUACUUAAGACACUUUCUCUGCAUGGAAUGCAUGGCGUGAGGAGCAUCGGUACAGAGUUCUAUGGUGACAGUACCGUCGGUACGGACAUAUGGUUUCCAUCCCUCGAAGAACUAUCAAUUAGUGAUUUUUCAAACUUGGAAGAGUGGUCAACUGCAAAUGAUGCAAAUGCAUUCCCCAGAUUGAAGAAAUUAACUUUGAAAGGUUGUCCAAGGUUAGCACAUAUACCGUUAUGUCAGUCCCUUCAACAUUUGGAGCUGCGGGACUGUAAUCCAACGAUGAUGUCCAUAGCAAAUUUAAGUUUUCUUUCAGUGCUUGUUCUAGAAAAAAUUCAAGGCCUGGUCUCUCUGCCGGAAGGGCUCUUUUCAUCACCUUAUCUGUCUUCUUUACAGAUAUUGUCUCUCCCCAAGCUUGGUUCACUGCCUUUGGAGAUUGGAAACCUCACUGCUCUGAAAUCAUUGACGAUUCGUUGGUGUGAUGAGUUAUCCUCUCUGCCACAGAGUUUAAAGAACCUCAAAACUCUGGAGUCACUGGAGAUUAGUGACUGUCACAGUCUACUAACCAUGCCAGAUGGUGGAAUUGCAGGAUUAAGUUCCCUUCGAACUUUGUCCAUUGAGAAUUGUAGCCAUCUGACUUCUUUGUCAUCCAGUUUAGAGCAUCUUACAUUCCUCGAGCACUUGACGUUUAUGUAUUGUCCAAACCUUGGUUCUUUUCCGGAGGGUGUGCAACACCUCUCCUCACUUCGAAGCUUCACUAUCUCGAACUGUCCUAUGUUUGAUUCUCUACCAAGUGGGUUACAAAAUAGCCGGACGCUGCACUGCUUGGAAAUUAGUAGCUGCCCCAAUCUAGAUGCUUUGCCAGAUUGGUUGGAAAAUCUUGCUUCACUCAGAUCUCUGACCAUAUCCGAUUGUCCUAAUUCAAGAGUAUUGCCAUCAG